UAAAAACUUUGAUUUUCGGCCCGGAUUUCGGUGUAUCACGACUAACCGGAGGCGCGUGCCUGGCUACCUGGUCAUCGACACCCCUAAUCGACACCGGGAGGGGCGGAGGGAUCGUUCUACUUUUUCCCGGAAUUAUAACCCACAUUUUCACGACAACAGCCACUCCACAACUUCCCUCUUCCACGAAACCUCAAUCAGAAAUCCUGGGAAUGGAAAUGGCAGCCGCACUCCCCAAAACCCCCUUCCAGCUCCACGGAGGCUGCUUCUGCACCGCGAUCCGCUACACGAUUUCCAUCCCCGAGCUCUCUCAACGAAAACUUCUCCCAAAGGCCAGCAUGACAGCUGACCGCCUCCUCGUCCCGCCCAACGAAGUUAAUGAACGAUUGCCCAUCAUAACGCUCGACCACUGCAACUCCUGCCGUCGCGUCCCGGGCGCAAUUGUACAUUCCUGGUUUCUCUGUCCCCGAGAAUGGGUCGAGUUUACUGUCCAGCCUCGCGAGUCAGGUGACGAGAAAGAGGCUAUCAGAGCCGACAGCACGGCGUAUCUGCACGAGGACAAGACUCUGGCUGAGCGCACGUAUGUCACGCAUUUUAAGAGCUCGGAGCACUCGAAUAGGACGUUUUGCGGGAAGUGCGGGACACAUGUGACACUCUUUAAGACAGGGCCGCUGGGGCCUUUGCAACAGGCGUUGGGGCCUUUCUUUGAUGUUGCCGUUGGCACAUUGGAUAAGGAGUGUUUGGAGAUGGAGGGGUUUAUGCCGACUAUUCAGUUUUGGCAUGAUGAUGGGAUUCCUUGGGCUGUGAAGUUGGUGAAUGAAGGGAAGAAGGGUUUACACGCUGAUGUGGCUGAUUUAUCGAAACUGAAGGCCGAGGACGAACAGAAGAAGUGAAGGAAGAAAAAGGUAAUAUUACAGGGGAUUUUGUGAAAGCCUGUUUAUGCCACGAAGCAAAUGUUGCGGGCUGAGAUGGGACCAUGUACUGUCAAAAUCGAUCCUGGCGUCGAACUUGUGUGAUGGGACAUUCAUGAACCGCUACCUCAACCCAAAAAGACAUCAAUCCACUCAAGGGGCUGUCCUUCCUACAUGUACUUUUCAACAUGACCAAUACCUUUCCUGUACGCGAUACCAUCCUCCCACUCAAUCCAAAGAACGUUAUAGAAUUCAUAUCGU